AUGACAGUAACUGAACUUCGACUUAAAAAUUUGUGCAUUAGAAAUAUGCCUCCAAUAAGGGGUACUCGCAGCACGAGAGAAAAUCCUGAAAGCCAAACACCCGAUAUAGCACGGUUAAUAGCUCAGCAAAUUCGGGAGGCGGUACCAACUAUUGUUGCUCAAGUUACAGCGGGCAUUAAUGCAAGUCAAAGGAGUGAGGGAAGCCCUAACAUCGAGAAUCCCGUCAGGGAGGAGAACCGUAACACCAAUGAUAGAGGAUGCAGCUACAAGACAUUCAUGUCCUGCAAGCCCAAGGAGUUUCAUGGUAAAGAAGGUGCAAUUGGAUUACUAUCAUGGAUUGAGAGCAUGGAGUCGGUACUCCACAUUAGCAAGUGUUCUGAGGACUGUAAAGUGGAGUAUGCAACAUGCCAACUCCAAGGAAGAGCCCUAACUUGGUGGAACAUUCAAGUUCAAACCCGUGGUCGCCAAGCUGCUUAUGAUUUAUCAUGGGAAGAACUCAAAAAGUUACUCAUCGAAGAGUAUUGUUCUAAGAGAAAAAUUCAGAAAUUGGAAGUCGAAUUCUGGAAUCACACCAUGAUUGGAAUUGAAGUAGACAAAUACACAGCUCGUUUUCAUGAGCUUGCCAAGUUAGUACCUCAUAUGGUCACUCCAGAGGAGAAACGAAUUGAUCGGUACAUCUGGGGAUUGGCAACUGAAAUCCGAGGGAUGGUCACUUCGGCAAACCCAACCACUAUACAAAACGCGGUGGUGUUGGCAAAUCGUCUGACAAAUGAUACAGUUAGAUCAGGGAUUUUAAAGCAAGACAAAUUUGGUGGAAAGAGGAAACUAGAGGGCCAAUCGUGGAAAAGGACCAACAACGAUUUAGGCAAAAACCAAAAAGUGAUAAGAAACCUUGGGGCUCAGUCUCAAACAGGAGAAAAAGGCAAGGGGACUUACCCUAAAUGUGGCAAGUGCAAUUAUCACCGUAGUGGGAGAUGCAUUAUUUGUUUCAAAUGCAAUAAAGGAGGUCAUCUCGCUAAAGAUUGCAAUAUCAGAGAGAAUCAAUCAUGCCAUGAGUGCGGAAGCCCAAAUCACUUCAGGAAUAAGUGCCCAAGGAUAAUUAGAAGAUCGAGCAUCAACAAUGUCGGAAACCAGGAAAGGCAAACCAGUCAGGGAGAUCGAGAAAGCCAGGCUCAGGGAAGGGCUUUUGCAAUGGGAGCCGAAGAGGCACGUCAAGACCCUAAUGUUGUGACAGGUAUGUUUCUUUUAAACAACCUAUAUGCCUUAGUAAUAUUUGAUUCUGGAGCAGAUAUAAGUUUUGUUUCCCUAUACUUUAGGCCGUUGAUAAAUCUGAAAUCGAGGAAGUUAAAAGAUGCUUACACUAUCGAAUUUGCCAAUGGCCAAGAAAUAAAGGUUGGGGACAUAAUCUUGGGUUGUACUUUAAAUUUAGCUGAUAAGUUAUUUAGCAUUGAUCUUAUCCCAAUUAAAUUGGGAAGUUUCGAUGUAGUGGUAGGAAUGGACUGGUUGUCUAAGAAUCGAGCGGAGAUUUGUUGCUUUGAGAGGAUUGUGCGAAUACCUUACCAAGACAUAGAAACCCUAUCUAUACAAGGGGAAAAACCUGGAUGGAGUUUAAAGAUGGUAUCAUGUGUGAAGAUUUGCAAGUGUAUGAGAAAAAAAUGCAUUGCAUUCUUGGCUCAUGUAUUAGAAAGGAAAUCAGAGGUAAAGCAUAUUCAGGAUAUUCCUGUGGUAAGAAAUUAUCUAGAAGUAUUUCCGGAUGAUUUGUCAGGACUUCCUCCAUCUAGACAGGUCGAAUUCCGAAUUGAUCUAGUUCCCGGAGCGGCGCCCGUUGCUAAAGCUCCAUAUCGCUUAGCUCCGGCCAAGAUGCAAGAGCUAUCAGGGCAACUUCAGGAACUUCUGGACAAAGGAUUCAUCCGGCCAUGCUCUUCACCUUGGGGAGCUCCAGUCCUGUUCGUUAAAAAGAAAUAUGGGUUGUUUCGAAUGUGCAUAGAUUAUAGGGAGUUAAACAAGUUGACGAUCAAGAACCGAUAUCCUCUCCCCCGAAUUGAUGAUCUGUUCGAUCAGUUGCAAGGCGCAUGUUAUUUCUCUAAGGUUGAUCUUCGGUCAGGGUAUCAUCAGUUAAGAGUUCAUGAGGAGGACGUCCCUAAGACAGCCUUUAGGACUCGAUAUGGGCACUACGAGUUUCUAGUUAUGCCCUUUGGUCUGACCAACGCGCCGACGGUAUUUAUGGAUUUAAUGAAUAGGAUCUGUAGACCGUACAUAGACAAGUUUAUGAUCGUAUUCAUUGAUGAUAUCCUGAUUUAUUCACGAAGUAGGGUAGAUCACAAGCACCAUCUGAAAAUGAUACUAGAAUUGCUUAAGGAGCAAGAAUUGUAUGCUAAAUUUUCAAAAUGUGAAUUCUGGAUUCGGGAGGUAUAA